AUGCGAUUCGCUGCCCUUGCCCUCCUCGCCCUUCCCGCCUUGGCUAUGGCCGCCCCUUCUUCCAAGCGAGAGAACUGGGGGAAAGAGAAGGAGCACGAUGACAUGCACGACCACAAGGAGUACGACGAUCACCACGAGGACAAGCACCACGAGAAGGAGCUCGUCAAGGGCGUCUUCCACUUUACCUCGACAUACACUGCUUGGGCGGGUCCUGACCAGGUCAUCAACAACUCGCAAGUCGCCGUACCCGGUGAACCCGGCGCAUACGGUGUUUACAAGUUCGGUAUCAACGCGGACGAGGACUUGAUCUGCUACAACAUCUCGGUCUACAUCUCGGGAGACUACCAGAGCCCGGCUGUCACCGCCACCCACAUCCACGAAGCCGUUCGUGGCCGAGCUGGUCCCCCCCGGAUCGCCUUCCCCAACCCCACUGGCGACUCGCCCUUGACCGAACAGGGAUGGAGGACUUCGUACGGUUGUCUCCAGGGACCUUUCGAGACUGGAGUCUUGGCCAAUGGCACCGACACGGCCGAAGGAUUCACCCUCGCCCAGAUCGAGGCCAACCCCGCUGGUUUCUUUGCCGAUGUUCACACCGUCGCCUUCCCUGCCGGUGCCAUCCGUGGACAGAUCCAGUUGGACGAGUCGGCUUACUGA